UCUACAGGAAGUUCACAGCCUGGGAAGUCCGACAGGAUGCGCGGAUCCCUCUGAGGGAUUUCCCGUUAUUUAAUAUCCUCUCCGAUUCAACAGAGGCUAAUAAAUAUCAGACCUGACUCCCACAGCGUCUGCCAUGUCGGAGACAUAUGACUUCCUGUUCAAGUUCCUUGUCAUUGGGAAUGCAGGAACUGGAAAAUCCUGCCUCCUUCACCAGUUCAUAGAAAAGAAAUUCAAAGACGACUCAAACCAUACAAUUGGUGUAGAGUUCGGCUCGAAGAUCAUUAAUGUGGUUAACAAAUUUGUCAAACUCCAAAUCUGGGACACAGCGGGACAGGAACGAUUCAGAUCUGUAACAAGAAGCUAUUAUAGAGGUGCAGCCGGAGCUCUCCUCGUCUAUGAUAUUACCAGUCGGGAGACGUACAAUGCUCUGACCAACUGGCUGACAGAUGCCAGGAUGUUGGCGAGCCAGAAUAUUGUAAUAAUACUGUGUGGGAAUAAGAAGGACCUGGAUGCUGAUCGUGAAGUCACUUUUCUGGAGGCCUCUCGCUUUGCUCAAGAGAACGAACUCAUGUUUCUAGAGACCAGUGCUCUAACAGGGGAGAAUGUGGAGGAGGCCUUCGUUCAGUGUGCUCGUAAAAUCCUCAACAAAAUAGAAUCAGGUGAGCUGGAUCCGGAGAGGAUGGGUUCAGGAAUUCAGUACGGUGAUGCAGCACUGCGGCAGCUACGCUCCCCAAGACGAGCUCAGGCUGAGAGCGUGCAGGAGUGUGGCUGUUAGCAUCCGGACGUUAGAGCUGAACAGCCAGGCAGGUUUUAUGAAGCUAAGGAGGAUAUCAGUGGGGAAUGGGGUGAAAGGCCCAAGAAAGAGAAGCAGCUCUUCCCUCACCUUCCUUUUACUUCGGUUCCAAUAUGCCAGAGAUCCUGAGAUGCCUCUGCGCUCCAGAGCAGCCUGGGAAACGAUAACUGAUCCGCUGGGCUGAGGAUAAGAUGCCUGCUGUGGUCAAAACCCUGGAAGAUGGUGUACCUAGACCCUUGCUGAAAGUUCUGCACUGAGCUAUCUUAACCCUCUCUGUACUAUUCUACUCUUCCCCCCUUUUAACAUAUGUAGAUCUUGUUUAGAGAAGAGCUUAUAUCAUUAUCAUUUGGAGCAUGUUUUAUGGACUGCAUUAUUCAGAACUUUAACCAGUAGGUUUUAUCAACUCGGGAUCAGGUCAGUUCUGACUUAAAUGGUCUUAUCAAUGACACGAUCAUUAUCAGUGUUUUUACCAUGACAUGAUACUGUUGUAUUCCAUUUAUUCUUUUCCUCUCUGCAGAUGACAGAUCAGAUGUUUUGGGUAUUUCUUUUGGUCAGGAAGAUUGAAAUGCUGCAAUAUACCAGGUUUUAUAAAAGUGAUUGCUGUCUUCUGCGAGAAUGCACUGUUUUUCUGUUCUGAUGUUUUUGGUGCACAGCAUAUCGGAGACGUUCUGUUACUGUAAAAACAUUAUAUAUAUACUGCACUGCAUAUCUUCUACUAUACAUUAUAUCACAGUAAAAGACAUUUAAUAAUGAUGUAAAUUGAAAGGUUGAGUAAUAUUCUACGCAGCAUACUUACAUGCUGUUGUCCUGUUUGAAAUUGUUCAUUGAAUUGAAUCAUGCCAAGUGUAAUUAAAAUCAGUGUUUCAUUUCCAAAUGUAAUACAUAUGUAUCUUCUGUCCAUAUGUAUUAUGUUAGAAUUUUUUUUUUGAGCUAUCCAUUCCAGUUAUUUAUGAACCUUCACUUUAUCCAGAUUCAAUGAUUGUUUAAAUGUUGGCACAUUGUGACUGUAUAUAUAGUUUAUGAAUAUAUAAGCUGGAAUGAAAUGGAACACAUAAUACACUGAUUUCUAUAGAUUUUGUUUAUUAAAACAUUUAUUAAAACAUUUACCUUAAAACCCUGA